AUGAAAACCUUUCAUCUCUUCCCCCAGCUUCCACCCGAAAUCCGCAGUCAGAUAUGGCACUGCGCGCUACCCAAACUCAAACCGGGAGUGCAUUUCUUCAAAACAGGCUGUUGGACCCCGAGAGAAUUGACCCCUUCAGAUGAAGAUUACUUGCCCUCGCCGUAUGGCAACUGCCGGAUCAAGAAGACAUGGUUCUCUAUACCCCUUCUUCACGUUGACCGUGAAGCGCGCAAUAAUGCGUUACUCUGGGCAGGGCAGCAUCACUUGCAACUCUCCUUCCAACCAGACCUGCAGGAGCUAGGUUUCCUUCGCAUUUACGACCAUGAGAUUGAUGCGCUCUAUAUUACCCCUGAUACUUUCGAGUCCUUUGUCAUGGAGCUCUUGGCCGCCGAGGACCACCGAUUUAUGAACCGAGACUUUUCAAUAUAUACAUACAUCGAUAAGAUUAUCAUGCCAGAAUCGCUCUUCGAAAAGUACAUACAGGAUAUUGGGCAGAUCUUUAAGACCCAUAACUUAGACGCUCUUUAUAUCUCUACAUCGGAAUUACAACCCAGUCAAGGGGAACUGGAUCCUUCAUUUCAGUAUACACCAUUCGGAGGGGCAAGUUUGAGUUGGAAUCCGGAGCGUCACAGGUUUGAUACUAUUGACAGUGAGGGCCAACAAAUGGACUCUCCCGGGUGGGCUCGGCUCUUGAAAGAGGCAGCCCAAGUUCUCUCUAAAGAAUUUUCUGAGGAUAAUCGGAAGGAUGAAUUUUCCUUGAUUCCUGUCAACCUUUAUGAGAUCCAGCCGUAG